AUGCGCCUCCGCGCCGCCGCCGCCGCCCUCUGCCUCUGCCUGCUCGGCGCCUGCCGCCUCCGCCGCGGGCUGGAGGCCGCCGCCGUGCGCGGCCCGCCGGCGGCCGCUCCCCAGCGACCCUCCGCAGCCGCGCCUUCCUCCUCCUCCGCCUCCUCCUCCUCCUCCUCCGCCGCCUCCCCCUUCUCCUCCCCGCCGCGGAGGGACGGGGCUCUCCGCAACGGCACCCUGGUGCCGCACCACUACAUGGUGGCCCUCUACCAGCGCCUGGCCGGCCGCCGCGGCGCCGGCCGCCGCGCCGACACGGUGACGGGCUUCGCGGAGCGGGCGCGCAGCGAUGCCUCCCCCUCUGCGCCCGAGCAGAGGUACCUCUUCGACAUCUCCAGCCUGCCGGAGGUAGAGGAGGUGACCGGCGCGGAGCUGCGGGUCCUGCGCGCCCUCCCCGAGAACAGGAGCUUGGCCCUGUCCCCCGAAGGCACCUUCCACCACCUCCUGCUCUCCACCUGCCCCAGCCGGGACGGUGAGGAGCCCCGGCUGCUGGACUCCCGCGCUGUGGACCUUUUGGAUGCCGGCUCCUCCAGAUGGGAGGUGUUUGAUGUGUGGGAAGCCCUGCGGGAUCGGAGGGAGAAAUCACCCUCGGGCAAGCUGCUGUGCUUCCUGCUGCGGAUCGUGUCGGAUCAGUCGGGGCGGCUCCUGCCCCCCCGGCAGCUGGGGUUCAGCAAGCCCCGGCCACAGCCCCACGAGAGAGCCCUGCUUGUCGCCUUCUCCCGCACCCAGAGGAAGGAGAACCUCUUCAAGGAGAUCCGGGAUAAGAUCAAGGCCCUGGGCAGCCCCCCGUUCCUGGAGCCCCCCGACCCCGGCCGGGAGACGUAUCCCAAGCGGAGGAGGAGACGGACCACCAUCGCCGCCCGCUCCGGGGGCAGAGGGCACGGGAAGAAGGCGAAGACCCGCUGCAGCAGGAAGCCCCUGCACGUGAACUUCAAGGAGCUGGGCUGGGACGACUGGAUAAUCGCCCCCCUGGAUUACGAGGCGUAUCACUGCGAGGGGGUGUGCGACUUCCCCCUGCGCUCCCACCUGGAGCCCACCAACCACGCCAUCAUCCAGACGCUGAUGAACUCCAUGGACCCCGAGUCCACCCCCCCCAGCUGCUGCGUGCCCUCCAAGCUCAGCCCUAUCAGCAUCCUCUACAUAGACUCCGGCAACAACGUGGUUUACAAACAGUAUGAGGACAUGGUCGUGGAGACUUGUGGCUGCAGGUAGCAAUUUCUGUGGCU